CGGGGGCAGAAAAGCCGGAUCACUGGAUCUGAACCGGAGGCCGGAGGGAACCACCUGAACGUCCUUGUGAGGUAACGUGUUCUGUCGGUGCAGAGGUUCAGGUGGAGCUGGAGAUGAGACCCGAUGUUUGAUGUGUGGAGAUGUAGAUGUAGAUGUUCUCACAUCCUGGAAGUUCAACUGUCCCUGAACGUGGCGUCGCCUGAAAGUUAAGUUUCUUUACUUUUGGGAACGGCAAUGAUGAAAGUAUCAUAUUAAUUUAACACUACAUUAUAACUGAAAAGUAGUUCUAGUUUGCUAUGAGGUCAAAUAUCCAAACUUUGCAUUAUGAAAUAAAAGUACUUCGGAGGUCAGUGGCUCCUCCGGUGUGAGGACGAGUGUGUGUGUGUGUGUGCGUGUGCGUGUGUGUGUGUGCGUGUGUGUGUGUGUGUUGUGAUCCCUCGCUGGUGUUCGCUGUCAACAUGGCGAGUGGCAGAGGGAGAGAGACUCUGACAGCUGGACGAGCCAGUGGAAAGCAUGCGGCCGCGUCUCCUGCGUGCUAUUUAUACUCACCUGCUGGUGUCUGUUGGUUCACGCCCCGGCCGCGGCAAAUACCGCCGCACUAAACGGCGGCCUGACGAUCACGAAAUCUGCUGCGUCGACUCCUGGUUUUGUUUUUUUGUGUGUGUGUGUGUGUUAUAUAAAUAUAGACGACAUGACAGCUUCCCACAAGUGAGGUCAAAACAUCUCCAUCGCCCCCUGGUGGCUGGCUUCGGUACAGCUCACAAGCCCCGCCCCCCUCCACCAGCAGAUGGGACGUAGACGUUCAAUAAAUGUUUCUGUCAUUUUAGGGAGUUUUAGUUUGAUGCGUUAAAAAUAUAGGGUGAAACAUUGUGACAUGUAGCCCUCAGGAUGAAUUGUAAUACUUUCCUAAUUUUUUCUUCAUGUACCAUUAAUUAGAUAAACAUUUUCUGUUGUGUCAUCUGCAAAACGAAGGAUAUUCUCAUCAUCCACAGCUGAGCUUUGUGUUUAGCGCUAACUGGCAAAUAUCAACCGUAUUAUUGUUAAUAAUAAUGAUGAUUUGUCACUCUUGGACAACAACAAAUUAAUUUAGGUUUUUAAAUAAAUUCAUGUCUCAUAUUACUUUUAUUCCUACAAUGUGUUUUUAUCUGAAUAACUUGUUCAAAGGUUUAAAACAUCCUCAGGUUGUUGGUGUUUACGCCUCUGAUGUGUUUGUUCUUUGUGUCCUCCUCCAGUUUCUCACCACAGCGACGCCGACGUCGACGGAGACAUGGCCAUACCCCGGGUGUUCAACUCCAACACGCCGUUCAUCAUCGUGACCGGAGGAUCCGAGCUCUCGUUUCAUGGCAAAGAGGACGGCGGCCAAUGUGGCGAGGAGGAGAAGGACUCGCUGGUCCAGGCCAUCGCGCCCCAUCUGAGUCGGGUGAUGCAGCGCGGCACCGCCAAGCACGUGGUCACCGCCGGGCAGGAGGCGUCCGAGGAGAACGCCUGCGUCUCCAUCGUCGCACAGGCUGAGAGAGAAGACUUCCAGGAGUUCAGUCCAACCACCACACAGUGUCCGUACUCAAGAUCCCAGCAGCUCAAAAAGCUCAGGUCUGUGGUCCAAGAAUCGUCCUUCGUGAGCGACACAGAGGACGAGGACUUCGAGGCCAAACUCCACAGGAAGCAGCGCAGGAGAAGCAAAACGAGACCGAGUCAGGGGGAGGGGGAGGGGGAAGAGCGGCCCGUCAUCCGAGGCCUGUGGGUGCAGGAGAUCGACUGGCUGAAAUCUGUCAGCGGAGAGGUGACGCUGUCCCUCGCCGACGUCCUCCCGCCUCCUCCUCAGUUCACGGACGCGGUGUCGUGCUCCUGCAGCCGCGGCGACCGGCUCGCCUGCAUGUACGACGACGGCUGCAGCUGCGCGGAUGUGUGCGCCUGUGUCGGAGAAUCAGAGGACCAACACAGAUCGAUAGACACGGACGACACGUCCAGCUCUGAGGACAGAGGGGGCUCGGACUCGGACUGCGGUCCGGAGCAGGACUCGGAAUCCAUUCGCACUCACGAAAGUGACUCGGACUCUUCCUGCUGCGCCGAGGACGACGAAGUGGCGCCUGACAACUUCAGAGUCGAAGCCAACGUUUCAAAUGUGAACACUGACCUGAUGCACGUGUCUGGUCAUAACGCUUGUCGUGCCGAGUGGGAUUCUGACUCCACGCAAAGCAUGCCGGGACUCUCGGACUCAGUGAACACGUCCCCUGGUUCUGACGACCUCUGGGAUACCGAGGUCGUUUUGGAUGAACUGAGAGGUCGAGUGACGCGGACGCAGAAGCAGUUUGUUUCACCUUUCUUCGAAGAUUUGAUCAAACAGACUGUGAGAGACGGGAAACACAACGUGCCUGUGAACGAAGGGCUCGUAUUUCAUCAUCUGCUGCAGCCCCGUCGCUGUCGGUACAGGGAGGGAGAGGAAUACUGCGUUCUCCACCACGUCCACAACGGCUCGUACGGUGACGUGUUCUGCGUUCGCGACAAGGCGACGGGAUUCGAAUGCGCCGCCAAGAGGAUUCCUCUGAGUCACUUCAGCCGGGAGGAGGUGAGCACGUGGAGCGCUCUGAACUCCCCCCGGGUGGUGGAGCUGUUCGGGGCCGUGAGGGACGGAGCGAACGUCGUGCUCUUCAUGGACCUGAAGCCAGCUUGUUUGGCGCAGCUCCUGAAAGAGACCAACUGCCUGCCUGAGGAUUUGGCCCUGCACUACCUCCACCAGUCACUGGGGGCGCUGGAACACCUGCACCACCGGAAGGUGCUUCACCUGGACGUCAAAGUUGACAACGUGCUGCUGUCGGCCGACUGCAGAGACACAUUCCUCUGUGACUUCGGCCUCUCGGAGACUGCAGACGAGGGCGGGCGCAGCGGCGAGGCUUUCAGGGGAGCCGCCCUCCCGGGCACCGAGAGCCACAUGGCUCCGGAGGUGGCCCGGGGAGAUCCGCUCUGCGCCAAGGCCGACGUGUGGAGCAGCUGCUGUAUGCUGCUGCACAUGCUCAACGGAUUCCCUCCGUGGACUCGCUACUACUCACACCCCCUGUGUCUCCAGAUCGUCAACGAGCCUCCUCCUCUGUGGGAGGUUCCGUCCACCUGCAACAACUUCACGGCCAAAGUGUUCCGGGCCGGACUGCGGAAGGAUCCGGACGGACGAGCGUCGGCCAAGGAGCUGAGGAGGAAAACCACCAAGGCCCUGAGAGCAGUCGGAGGUUUGAGUUCCUGCUCCGUCAGAACCGCCUGUGAGAUUCUGCACCGGGGCACCGGGACGACGCCCCCUGAGGACGGCCCCCGCUCUGCCUCGGCACCCGCGAUGCACUGGGUGAGCCCCUGGAGGACCACAGCGGGCGACGAGGACUCGGAGGACGGAGACUCUGACGUGGAGGCGGAGUCUGUCACCGGGGCGAAGGACUCGCAGCCCAGAUCGCUGCGGGAUGAGCAAGACUGGGACACGGGGUCGGACUCUGACGUGGACAUGUACAUGGGAGAGGAGGAGUUCGUCCAGGAGACAUGGACGAAGACUGACGGGGACUAUGAGGGGGACUGGGAGGAGGAGGAGGAGGGACAGGAGGAAGAGGAGGAGGAGGAGGAGGACUGGGAGUCGUCUGUGUCCUCAGAGUAUCUGCGAGCUCUCAGAGGCCUUUUCCCUUUGCUGCAGAAAGGCCAGCGGAGGAGCGACAGUCCGUGGGGAUCAGAGCCGGAGCUGGAAUUCCACCGGGACAACGUGGCGUCGGGCGCCAGGAUCCAGACGCCGUCCCCUGAACCUCGAGACGACCCCCCGUCCUGCUUCAGCUGCUCGGACACGUCGCAGGUCGACGCCUCGGGGAAGGACUCCGACCAUUCGUCCGACGACCUGAGCUCUGGAGUCUUCUCCUCCUGCAACAGCCGGUCGGACGGACGCCUGGAGUGGUCGGCCUCGGCCAAUCAGCCGCACUCCUACCGCUUCGAAGGCGUCGACAUCUGGAUCGAGAACGUCCAGGGCGAGUGUCUGAGGAUCCGAGAGCGGCGGCAGGUCAAAGUGGGUCACGUCGCUGUGGGAAUCAGUGAGCAGAUCUCGGGCAAGGCCUUCACUCUGGAGACGCUGGACAGGAAGUCGGUGUCGUUCGAGGCAGAAAUCACCGAGUCCUGUGUUUGGCUGCGCUGCGUUCCCGCCCCCGACACGUGUCGGCUCUGGAGGUGGAGGGUCAGAGACGGGAAGCUGGAACUUCAGGAAUAAAACACACUUUUAUAUCUUUGUAUUGUCUUCGCAGACUUGUGGGCUGUUUGUUCUUAAAUCCUGUGGACUGAAAAAUACUUGUACAGUAUGAAGAUGCACUCAGUUUGUUCACUGGGUCGAAGAUGCUGCAGGUGGGAGAGAAACGUUUUCUCAGAAUUAGCUCAAGUGUGUGGACGUACACGACGACGGUUUCUAUAACAAUAUACUGACACAGAAGAUGAGUUAAACAUAUAUAGAUAUAUAUAAAUAUUUAGAUAUAUAUAAAUAUUAUGGGCAUCACUUUCUGAUAUAUAUAAAUAUUAUGGACAUCACUUUCUGAUAUACAAUUCUUAUAUCGAUAUCUUUAUUGAUGGUAAACAAAUCAGUCACUAAUUCUUUAUUAAGAGGAACAACUUUUGUGUUGCCAGAUUAUAACUUUACUUAUUCUUUUGACCUGGACGUCUGGACCAAAACCUGAUUAUUGAGAAUAUGUGAGAAUCCUUUAAUAUAUAUAUGUAUUAUUUAAUAUCAUUUAAACCAUCUAUUAUUAUUAUUAACCAACAAUAAAGCCACUGAUUACAGCUUGUAAACCCUUUAUCAGUGGGCUUAUAUGUUUAUUUAUCACAAAAAAGUGCAAAUGUACAUAUAAGUGCGAUACUGGAGCGCUGGUCAAUGUGAUGGAUUACUUCACAUACAUAGAGUAUUUGGUUAUGUUCAGUGUAUGCCCGUAUACACAUAUUCAUAUACAGCUGUGUAUUUAUAAAGAUUUUUCUGUGUCAGUUGUUUAUUUCAUUCUUCAGAUGUUCCCUCGUGUACGAGCAGCAGAUCACAAUGUCUCUCGUGUCACCUGGUGUUUCUCAGUGUCGACUGAGCGAAGAUGCUCGAGGCCCUGACGACUUUCAUACUCGAACAUUACCAACGUUUUAUAUAUUAAUAAAAAAAACUACCUAAGAUGUAAAA